GCGCAUGCGCCAAGACCUAGCCACAUGCGGCUCAAUCACGACGUUUAUCUGUGGACUGCUAUGCAUCAGACGGCUGUUUCCCUGGUAAAGGCGUGCAAAAGCUGUCAGAGAUUCAGUGUAUGCUGGCUGUUUGUCCCGUUACAUUCGGAUGGACGAUAUCUUGAUCGCGCCCAAAAUGGGUUAGAAGAUGAACCCAUGGAUUAUCCACUUACUACACUUCGGAAGGAUGGGACAUCGGACUGUUUUCACAUAAAUACCUUGACAAAGACGAGGACUGAAAGAAAACAGCGGAAUUGAUUUCGUCCGGUGUUCUGCCCGUUUUUAACCUUUUUGUUCUGUGUUCUUGCGGGAGAAAUGAUUGCAGAAUUGGUGUGCGGCGUUGUGGCUGUGCUCCUCUAUGUCAACACUCUGGGUGCCGAUUUCUGCUACGAUGACAGCCGCGCGAUCAAGACCAACCAGGACCUGCUGCCCGAGACCCCCUGGGCCAACAUAUUCUACGACGACUUCUGGGGCACGCUCCUCACGCACAGCGGCAGCCACAAGUCCUACCGCCCGCUGUGCACCCUGUCCUUCCGUCUGAACCACGCCCUGGGCGGGCUGGACCCGCGGGGCUACCACCUGGUCAACGUGGCCUUCCACGGGGCCGUGACGGGCCUCUUCACCCUGCUGGCCCGCCUGCUGCUGGGCCGGGGACCCUGGAGCCUGCUGGCCGGGCUGCUGUUCGCCUCGCACCCCGUCCACACCGAGGCGGUGGCCGGCGUGGUGGGCCGCGCCGACAUGGGGGCCGCGCUCUUCUUUCUGCUCUCUCUGCUGUGUUACGUGCGCCACUGCGGGCUCAGGGGCCGCGAGGGGCCCCGGGGCCCCGGCGUCUGGCUCCUGGGGAGCCUGGGCCUGGCGGCCUGCAGCAUGCUGUGGAAGGAGCAGGGGGUGACGGUGCUGGCGGUGUCGGCGCUCUACGAGCUGUGCGUCUUCCACCGGCUGACUCUGCGCCAGGUGGUCACGCUGCUCUACAAGAGGAAGAACAUCCACCUGCUGCUGAACGUGUUCCUGCUGGCCGCCUGGGGGGCCGUGCUGCUGGUCUGCCGCCUCUACUGGAUGGGCAACAAACCCCCCAACUUCUCCAACUCUGACAACCCGGCGGCGGACUCCCCCUCGCUCCUCACCAGGACCCUCACCUUCUUCUACCUUCCUUCUGUCAACGUUUGGCUCCUCCUCUGCCCGGACACCCUCAGCUUCGAUUGGUCCAUGGACGCCCUGCCUUUGAUCAGAAGCGUAGCCGAUUGGAGGAACCUUCAGACGCUGGCCUUCUAUUCGGGAUUGCUCGCGCUGGCCUGGUUCGGCCUGCGAACGCGACCCCAGAAGGCCAAGGGCAAGGAAACCAACGGCAAAGCGCAGUGUACUUCCAACGGCCGCAAUGGACACAGCAAUAGCAACGGACACGGCUACCACUGCGGGGACCAGGAGCAGGCCAAUCACCAGCACCCAGAGGCGCCCCACGCGAGCAGCGCCCAGAACGGCACCCGAACGCCUCACCACGCCGGCACCCUGCUCCCCACUACUGAAAACGUUGUGGUGCUCUCGCUGGGCCUGAUGGCUGUCCCCUUCCUGCCCGCCACCAACCUCUUCUUCUACGUGGGCUUUGUGGUGGCGGAGAGAGUGCUGUACAUCCCCAGCAUGGGCUUCUGCCUGCUGGUGGCAGUGGGGAUGAGGUCCCUAUACGUGCGUGUGCCUCGACGGGGCUACAGGACAGUGUUGCUGGGCUGCAGCGCGGCCCUCGUCCUGAUGUUUGGGGUCCGAACCAUGUUGAGGAACCGGGACUGGCGCAACGAAGAGAUGCUCUACAAGUCAGGGAUUUACGUCAAUCCUGCUAAAGCAUGGGGGAACCUGGGCAACGUGCUGAAGAACCAGGGCAAGAUGGAGGAGGCCGAGCAGGCCUACCGCAACGCCCUCUAUUACCGGAGGAACAUGGCCGACAUGCUGUACAACCUAGGUCUGCUGCUGCAGGAGAACAGCAAGCCCUCGGAGGCGCUCCACUACUAUAAGCUGGCCAUCGGGAGCCGGCCAACUCUGGCUUCGGCCUACUUGAACACGGGCAUCGUCCAGAUGAACCAGGGCCGGCUGGAAGAGGCCAAGCGCACCUUCCUGACCUGCGCCGACAUCCCCGACGAGAACCUCAAAGACCCCCACGCGCACAAGAGCUCCGUCACCAGCUGCCUGUACAACCUGGGCAAGCUGCUGCACGAGACGGGACACCAGGAGGAGGCCCUCUCUGUGUACAAGGAAGCAGUGCAGAAGAUGCCGAGACAAUUUGCACCUCAGAGCCUGUACAACAUGAUGGGAGAGGCCUACAUGAGGCUGAACAAGCUGGAGGAGGCGGGGCACUGGUACCGGGAGUCCCUUAGAGCCAAGCCCGAUCACAUUCCCGCCCACCUGACCUACGGGAAACUCCUGGCUCUGAAGGGACAAAAAGCAGAAGCAGAGAAGUAUUUUCUGAAGGCCAUUCAGCUCGAUCCAACAAAGGGCAAUUGUUACAUGCAUUAUGGUCAGUUUCUGUUGGAGGAGUCGCGUCCGUUGGAGGCUGCAGACAUGGCGGAGAGGGCGGCCCAGCUGGACAGCGGCGAGUUUGACGUGGUGUUCAGCGCAGCCCACAUGUUCCGGCAGGCCAGUCUGAACCAAGCAGCCGAGAAGUACUACGGCCGGGCGGCCAACCUGAGACCCAACAAGGGCCUUUCUGCUGGACACCACUACUACAGGCUGAUCAACCUCCCUGUUACCAGAAGGGCCUUUCUGCUGGGCACCACUACUACAGGCUGAACAACCUCCCUGUUACCAGAAGGGCCUUUCUGCUGGGCACCACUACUACAGGCUGAACAACCUCCCUGUUACCAGAAGGGCCUUUCUGAUGGCUACUGCCACAAGCUAACUAACCACCCUGGUACCACAAGGGCCUUUCUGAUGGACAGCGCCACACAGGCUACAACCGCCUGGGUGGUGCUCCCCUGUCAAAUUAUUCCUAUUUUAUUAUUAUUACACAGACACGCACGCACGCACACACACACACACACACACACACACACACACACACACACACACACACACACACACACACACACACACACACACACACACACACACACACACACACACACACACACACACACGCCAGUGUUUGGGGGCAGCGGGCCCGGGCCAGAAUCAUGCGGGCCGAUGUUUUCAUGACCCCCGUCGGUUUGUUUGUGCAGCGUCCAUCUGCAGCUUCAAAGGAGAGGCCAGGGCCAGGCGGAGAGCGGGGCGGUUUGAACUAAUGAUGAUAGCGCCAUGUCAGGUUGACCAGAGUGAGAAGGAUCGGGCUACUUCUUGUCUGUGAUGCUUACUUGAAGGGGGAGUUAACUUUGAGAUUUAGGCAGAUGGAUUAUAUGUUGGCAGAUGUUUGCCGGCUUGUUAUUUGGGCUUGAUUUAGAAGACGUCCCGUCACGAUGUCAUGUUUGAGGACUACCCUGUAUGGUUGGUUUGAGAGGCGGCUACAUGGCGAGACCCUGUAGACGUAUGAUGGAACUUAGUUGAAGGAGAAUACAAUGCAUUAUGUUUCCAGAGACUUAAUCACAAUAAUUUGAUCACGGCGUAGAUACUGCAUGUGAUUCUGUUUCAGUGCUGUACUCUUUGUGUUGUUAUAAAUUUAAGUUAAUUAGAGAUUUGAAAGAAUGAAAUCACCCCUCUUCUCUUGGAACUCAAUUAAAUGGAUAGAGGAAUAUAAAGCCUUUAGUAGUGCAAGUGAGAGUUUAGUGAGUUGUGUGCACGGUAGCAUCAUCAUUUCCAUGGCCCUGGUGUACGCCUCUUCCAGCAUCAACUCAAAAUUAGUUUCCCCCCCUUGUUCCCUGUUUCAGAUGGAUUUUACAGAAGGAUCCAACUGAUACAUUCAGCUUAAUUUUCUGGAACAACUUGUGAUAUUUGUAUUGGAAGUAUUGUUUAAAAAUCCACUGGACUCUGCAUUGAUCUGCAAAAUCCCAUGGAUUUGAGUUUUCUUAGAAAGGACCUCCUCCCACUGCACAUGACAAUUAGUCUGACGUUUGGACCUGUAUAAGGAAUGUUAAUGAAGGAUAUAUAUAAUGCACUACAAACACUGUCACUCAGUAAGCCUGCACUGUUAUUUCGGACGACUCCCUUGCUAUCCUUAUUGCUUACAGCUGAGGCGAGUGGUGAGUGAGGAUGAGCAUCAAUCUAAAUAUGCCAUGACUCUGUUCUCCGACUUGACAAGCUGUAGGCUCUUUCAUCAUUAACCACUUCGUGCUUUGUUGCAACUUGACUCUCCACUCUCUGAUUUGAAGUUAAAAAGGCUCAUGUCCUCAUUUUGAUUAGAAGGAAACAACUCAGUCGGGAAUCUUGAUUUAGAGUUCAUACUUAUCUCACAUUUUCAGAACUCUUUACAUGAAGACCGCAGGCUGCUGAAAAUCAACCUGUGUUAGAUUUCCCAGUUGUCUUGCCACAAGGGAUACGAUGCCAAGUAAUUGUCUGUCUCCACUCAUAUGAAUGUUGGAGGUUCUUUCGUUUCAAUGAAAGCCCCCAAAUAAGCUCCACUAAAUGUGUCCAACCAAAGCCAUUAUGAACUGCAAUCCAUUUGUAGCAUCCAGCCCCAUGAUAUUUAUCAUUUAGUGUUGGUGGGUUUGUUACGUUUUCUUCUGUGUAACGCUUCACAAAUCACAAUCAUGCUGUCAGGGGGAUUCCCUGUGCCCCGUUCUGUGUAAUGAACCCCCUUUCAUUAGUUUCAUGUUGUACCUAACAGACUGUUGUUGCAGUUAACAUUAUUUUUUUUUUUUCUCAAUUAUAGAGAAUCUUAACUUGGUUCAUUAGAUCUAAAAAGUUGUACAAUAGUGUUUCGGAAAUGUCAAACCUGGCUGGUAGAGAUGCUGAGCACAUUAAGGAGGUAUUGGCCAUUCUUACCUGUCUUUUGCAGAUUGGUUCUCCACAUUUGUAUCCAUGUUGAGAGACAAUGAGGGACCCCUCUUGGGGACAUGGUGAUUAUUCCACUCACUGUUUGAUUUAUGGAUCGAUGUAGUCCAGCCUUUGAGAGAAGGGAGGAUAUAUUUGAACAUAAUGUUCCCAUUGAAAUCCUCAUUGCCAUCACUCAUGUACCCUCGACACUGGGGAAAACUAAAGAUGACGAGUGGCCUGGCUGAGAAAGUGAAGAACCGCUGUAGGGCGAAGGUCAAAAUGUAUGAAGAUUAAGCAGGGUCUUGAAACUGAUUUCAUUUGGUGUGUUUUUCGACCUUUGGAAACUCAAACCGACCUCAGAAUCUCUCCUGUACUUAAGUUUUUCUUAAUGUUUGGUUAAAAAUGGUUUUAAAAAUAGGUUUAACAGGUGAAGGAUUGUGCUUUGUCGCCUCCCCAUAAUUGGGAAACACGAUGGUGUUUGUUGCAUUAAGCCUCAUCUUCAUUGCAGCACUUUUUUUCUUCAGAUAGUUCUUAUAAACAUACUUUCUAAGCUCUUGUAUUUAUAUAUGUAUACAUGUAUUUAUAAAAUAAAAUAAAUCCCCUCUGUUUGCUCUCGGGAAGACAUUAAUGCUUUUGAUUACAUCGAGAAACAAAUGAGGGCUUGCAGUGUUUCCUAAUUGUACGGACACUUUAAUCAUGGCCAUGGCACGUGACAGUGAUAAACGAGGAAAUAAUUGUGAACAGAAAGUCACGAGGCUGUCCAAAAUGGACAUCAUUAACCAUUUAUUGAGAUGAAUUACAUCUACCGCCUCUCUCGGCAUAUAGAACAAGAUUACACAUCCAAUAACAAAGAAGGGAGGUCUGCUCAGUAAUAGCGGGCUAAUGAGGCAGAAUUAGCCAUCCUUCUCCCCGCUCUCUGCUCCUCAAAUGGAGAUCAGAUGCGGGCUUUGUCCUGCCGUCUGAUGACUGCGUGGCGGCGGACGCUAGCGUGUCCCGGUGGGUCUCCGGCGUGGACCACUCACCUCUGGACGUUGUGUUUGCGUAAUAGCGCCAGCAGGAAAAGCCAUUCAUCUGCACCACUUCAAAGGGGG